CCUUUCGGUCCUUGCGCGCUUGGGAACAAGGUCGGGUAAACAGGUCUGGGUGCUGCCGCCAUUUCUACCGCCUUCGAUCUCUGCGCCUUUUGCAGAGCUCUCCAAAGGCGCCAUGUUGGCACAGAGCGUCCGGAGGUUCACGACCUCUGUGGUCCGUAGGAGCCACUACGAGGAGGGCCCCGGGAAGAAUUUGCCAUUUUCGGUGGAAAAUAAGUGACGGUUACUAGCUAUGAUGACUUUGUACCUUGGAUCUGGAUUUGCUGCACCUUUCUUUAUAGUAAGACACCAACUGCUUAAGAAGUAAAGAUGUCUUCAUGCAUCCAUUUAACAGGUAAUUAAUGGAUCUGUAAUCUUCCCUGAAAAACACAUGUGCUCCCACAAAUGCAUUGUUGUGUAUGCCAUCUGAGACACAAAGAUGUUAAGUUGGCCAAGAUCCCAUAGGUAGAGAUGAUGGCCAGGAUUCCUACCCCGGCAGUCUUGGUCCAGAGCCCUCAAUUUUUAACCAGGGAAAGUUAUAAUAAACUGAUUAUUCUGUCACAAACACUUGCUAAAAUAACACUGGUUUAGAACAUGUCUUUCAAAACACUAUAAAAUUUUUAAUUUGUUUUAAAGUGCUUACUGUGCUCUCUCCCAGUUUGUAUAAUCUUGGCUAACAAUAUUGAUUUAAGUUGUAAAAACCCCAGAAGAUCAAAUCCUUACAGUGUUCCUUGAUAAAUCAGUCUCAGAUGUUUGUACUGGUAUAAAUCUAUGUGUGACCAAGGCAGCCAUCAUGGGAAACUCAAAACUUUUGAAGAUACUUUUCUCAGUAAGGAGUGAUUCUCUGAUGAUUUUGCUCCACAGUGAAGGAUUUGGCAAUAUCUGGAGACUUUUUUUUUUUUUAUUGUUCCAAUUGGGGGGCAAAAUUCCAGUAGUGUGAAGGUAGAGAAACAUUGUGUUAAGAGACUAUGUUAGUCUAUACCCAGGGGAAUCUUAUGUAUUGGGAGGUUUGCAAAUUUCCAGUGUGUGAAUAAAAGAUUUAUUUAGUUUGUUUGUGAUCAGAGUUUCUCAAAGUAAUAGGACAGCCUAUUGAAUGAUUGGAAUAAAUUCCAAAAUAUACCUUAGAAAGGGAAGACUACUUCUCAUAGUUAAGAAAGGCAACUAUUUAUCUAAGCCAUUAUUAUGGAAAGGGUUUGGUGCAUAUGAUGAAGCAAAUCAGUAUGAAUAAAGUCAUGAUACUGUAAACGCUUUCUGAUGUACCUGUCACAGUGAUGGUCUUUUAAUGAAACUGCAUGAUUCCUGUUACAUGAAUGAGUGCUUUUUAAUGCCAUUAAUUUUUGGUUUUUAUUUUGCAGAUAUGAAGAGCAUUUUAAAAGGUGUAUUCUGUUUGAAAAAUGGAUCAAACUCUUGAACUCAAUAGCAUACUGUUUGAGUUUGUAAAUAAACUUAAGAUGUGACUG